GUUUUUCUGUUUAGCAAAACACACAACACUACUUCUUUUCCCCCGAACGGCCUUGCGUUCAGUGACGAGUAUUCUUUCGAAAUUUCCUUAAAAACAAUCCGACCACAGCACCAUAAUGGCCGCUUCUCUGCUGCUGAGGAACGCUUGCCGUCGUUCGUUGCUGCAGGGUUACGGAAGUAAUGUCACCCUUCCCUUGGUAGCAGCACGUUCGAUCGUCCUGAAGCCGGCACAAUCGGACGUCCGUCCUGGAGAGUCGCACGACGACCGGAAUGCACGUCUGAAGCGACCCCAGUCACCUCAUCUGACCAUCUACAGCUUCCAGCUGACCAGCAUGCUUUCGAUCACGCACCGUUUCACCGGACUGGCCCUGACCGGAUACAUUACUGCACUUGGGCUCGGUGCGCUGGCCAUGCCACACGAUGCCACACACUACCUGACGAUGCUGGAAGGACUGAGCGCUCCGACGUUGAUUGCGCUCAAGUUCACGCUGGCUUACCCGUUCGCGUACCACACGGUGAACGGUGUGCGCCAUCUGUUCUGGGAUUUGGGCAAGUUCCUAACCAUCAAGGAGGUGUACACUACCGGUUACACGAUGCUGGGUGUUUCCGGUGUGCUGGCCGGUGUGUUAACUGCGCUGUAGGAGACGAAAUGCAUAUCCUUUUCUAAUAGCGUGCAUGUAAAAUAACAUGAAUGUUGCAAGGUAACGCGAAAUGGUGGCACACUUCCGAAAAAAAACUAUCUAAUUUAUUGAAACCCCUUUGCAUAGUAGUGGAGGCAAAAUUGUCGAUACAAUAAAAACCAAAUUGCUCCAAACCAAACGCUUUUGAACGGUUUCGUUAAACCCAUCACCACACUGCACACAUUACUUUACGUUUAGCAAAUCAUCUUUAUUAUCAAUUGUAUAUUUUCAAUACGCAGCAUAGAUAAAUUCUAACACUAAAUUCGUUCAGUUAUAAACCGAAUA